GGCGCGAAGACGACGAAAAGUUCACAGCACAUCAGCAUCAUCGAGGCCCGCAUGAAUAAUGGAAACAUAACGAGUCAGUCUCUGUGUCAGUCAGUAGACAAUCGGACAGCCAUCGGUAAAUAACUAUCAGUUAGGUCAGGCAGGAGUAGGAGACCCGAAUAUUCGAUCGAAGUUUCCCCAUUGAGUCGUUCGCGCGCGUAAGGAUCAGGUCUGGCGUUGUGCGCGCGCCUCGCGGAAGAUUUAUUGCGACCCUCUUGGAGAGGCGUGGUGCGGUGCUUCCGAUUCGAUAUCGUCGUGGUCAUGUGAAGUGCAAGUUCGUGGAAGGACGAGAGUUGUUUGGGUUGUGGGUUGAUGGAUUGGAUUGACGAUUGGGUCACCUGUUGAUGCUACUGUUUACGGCGCUCUAUGGAAGUACAUUCUGGUGGAUGAAGGAAGAUAUCAAAUCGUCAAGCUUGACGUAAUGAACUUGUUAUUGGUGCAGAGUGCCGACGGCAGUUGACCGUUUGGUUUAGCGUCGAAUACAAUCAAGUGGAUUGUGAUGUUUGAUAGCUUAACAAGGAUAAUCAGUUGUGAAAGGAAUAUAAGGAAAAUAAGGAAUAUAUCUAGGCUGUCUUCAAAAAGAGAUCCCAUGCUGAUGAUACCCAAAAAACUGAAGCGAGCACAAAGACCCACUUUAGAUAAUUUUUCGGACUAAACCAUACGGUCGCUUGGCGCAUUCUUCAAAUUUUUGUCCCCGUCACAAACUGCUCAAAACAUCGAAACCAAAUAAUUCCAAGUUACCGUAAGCGGAAGGAAUUUUUCCUUCAUCACUGUCGUCUUUGUCAGUUCUUGCGUUUCUGGAAGUGGCAAUUGAAAAGGAGGAUCUUGAUUUUUGCUGAAAAACUUGCCAAAUCAGAAUCAGAAUCGAGGCACAUUUGCUGAUUUGCCGAUCAUAAAGAUGUCACUAGACAGCAGCAUCGACGAGAUGGACCGGAUCGGUGUGCCACAUGGCCACGGACGGCAGAAUCUUCAUCAGAAUCAUAAACAGAACCUAACGACGACUACCGACGAAGAGGCGGAGGACGAUGGAUACGAUGGGGACGUGACGUCGGAAUCGCCUGCUAAAAGGAUCAAACUGGAAAAUAGCGCAGAUUUUAGUCUUACGAUGGCCGACAAUAGCAUCGUAAACGGAAGUCUCGGCGAGCUGCUGCGAAGUAUUAAAAGUAGCUUGGACAUGCGCGGCAGAAGUGAAGAGUCAUCUGUGGGAAGUGGCAGUGUUGUGGGUGGAAGCUCAGUGAUGGGGGGUUCUUCAAGUUCAGGUGGGAUUGGGGUUGGUGGAGUCUUCGGGGUUCCUAGCAACAGUUUGAAUAAUAACAACAACAGUGAUACCUUUAACAAUAACAUCAGCAACGGGUACAAUAACAAUAACAACGUUGGCAAAUCCACUGCGGCGUCCAUUUCAUCAGAUGAGGUGAAAUAUGGCGAGUUUGGCAAAUUUUUGGCAGAUAGCGAAAAGGAUGAAAGCAUGGCCACCGUACUCGAGCUGCUGCACGAAAACUACGGCCUCAUCCAGCGGUACGCUUCCGGGUACGACUGCCAGCAGGAGAAGUGCCAGUACGAGAACCUGCACGAGCACUUCCACUGCUACGACACCUUCUGCCGGGGCAAGGUGCUGUACAAGAAGUACGAAAUCAUCCGGCACCUGAAGUGGCACAAAAAGCGGAAAGAAUCGCUCAAGUACGGGUUCUACCGGUUUUCGUCGUCGGACGAUUGCAGCGUCCAAUAUGGGCACUGUCAGCACAACCACAAGCACACCCACUAUCACUGUGUGCACGAAAAGUGUGACAAGGUGUACAUCAGCACCAGCGACGUGCAAAUGCACGCCAACUAUCACCGGAAGCACGAGGCCAUCGUUAAGAAUGGAUUCCAAAGAUUCCGAGCAACGGAGGAUUGCAGCACGGAUCAUUGUGCUUUCAAAGGCCAAAAGACCACCCAUUUUCACUGUAGGAGGGAAAAUUGCAAAUAUACCUUUAAAAAUAAAGCGGAUAUGGAAAAACACAAAACUUACCACAUGAAGGACGAGAUGCUGCUCCGGGAUGGGUACAAAAAGUUCCUUAAAACUGAAGAGUGCACCUAUCAGAACUGUCGCUUUUCACGGGUUUGCAAUCACAUUCACUGUAUGCACGAGAACUGUCACUACGUGCUGCACUCGAGUGGGCAGCUGCUCAGCCACAAACGAAAACACGAACGCAUGGACACGGAAGUGGACUACCGCAGGUUGCAGAUGGCCCGCAGUCUGUUGAGCAAAUUUGGAAUGUUCCGCUCCGGGGAAGAUGCUUUGGCAAUGGGUAAGGACGAUUCCACUGGGGAGGAUUUACCGACAUCACCUAGUUCGCUGAAUUCUCCUUUAAAAGACCAGACACAUUCGAGAAGUUCCGUCCUAGAUUUGUUGAGCAUAAUGUCGGAGUUGACCUUCCGGAUGCUUCCACUUCAGAUGCUUCUCCACAUGAGGAUGCAAAUGCUGCAAAACAUGAGCUACGAGCAGCUACUGGCUCCGGAUAACAUCGAAAAAUUGAACCGACUUUCCGAGAGUGGAUUGAGCGAAGAAUACGUCAAACAGCUGUACAACUUCAACGAAACGACGAACCUGGAUUUGGGAGUGACAAAUUUAACUAAAAAGCAAACCAGCCCGCUCUUCUCAAUGGGAAAAACCUUCGAUUUCUCGCCGCUAAAACGAAAACCGGAAGAUGAUUUGGCUGGACCAUCAACUCUUCCGCAAAAUAUGUCCCAUACCCAAACGAAAGACACCUCCACAUCACCAAUGAACAAAUCGAAACUUCUUUUUCACCCCAGCAUUGACUACCGAUUGCUCAAAAAAGACGAUUCCGCCGUUGGUGAAUCCACAUCCGAGGUUGGAAUGUCGCUUUCGGAUCGACAGAAAGCCCUACUGGAUAGUGCCAACUUUUUGCAGUUCUCCUCCAGCAAGACCCUCUUCAAUCGGAAACGUGGACGGCCGCGAAAGAACCACGUCAUGGAGGUUUAUAAUAGUGUCCAGGAUUCUCCCCAGGCGAUCUUUACCAGUUUCAAGCUGGAGAAGAACGACUUCAAACGGGAAGCAGAUCAUCCCUCUCAAAAUCAUCAACAGCAGCAGCAUCAGCAACAGUCACAGGUUUAUUCACAGUCGCAUCCACCUUCAAUUGCGGGGGAGAUGUCCGAUUUUAAGUUGAGAAAUCCAGACGGUUCCGGGGAAGGUCCCAUUCGGCUGGACAGAGUUCAGUUGGCAAGUCCUCCUCAAGCUACCCCGAUGACACUAUUCGGAACUCCAGAUUUUGGUGGGUUUUCUCAACUGCUGGAGAAACACAUGAGAGAAAUCAAAACGGAACCAUGUGCCACGGUCACUCAUGAACUGGAGUUGUCCCCGGUAGAAAAGCUCCGGAAUCAACUUAAAUGUGUGGUUUGCAGCAAUUCGUUUGAGACGUUUGCCGAAAUUAAGGAACACGAAUGUCUCGGCAAGAGUCAACUGGAGAAACCAUUGCUAGCUUUUCCUCCCGGGACGAUUCCCCUAACGGAGGCACAGAUUUCCGCCUUUCGAAAUCCCUUCCCAGCAAUGGAGCUCGCUGAUCCUGGCGGGAGGUUACCAUAUCCUGCUCCGAUAAUGCCACUAGCUUUGACUUCGCCGAUGUCGGCAAAAGAGUCCGUUGCCCUGGUCAAAACCACCGGAACGUUCUUUCCCGAUGUGAAUGCGAACAAGCUGAAGUUUUACUGAAAGUAAGCUCAAGUGAAAAGAUUAGGAGUUUAUCUUAUCUGAUCUUUAGCUAAAUCUCUACAUUAGAAAAAAAAAAUCUACUACCUCUGAAGGAUUUGCUGGAUAUCCUCGAGAAAUUAGAAAAAAAAUUGUAAAAAAAUGUUUUAUCGUACUUUAAAUCGGAUAUAAUUUAAAAAGUAUCUCCAGAAGCAUUGUACAUUGAAAGUAAUAACCCAUGUUCUAUCUGACGCCAUAAGUUUUGUACAAAGUUUUAGAUAAUUCUAGUUUUAUCAGAGAUUUUACUCAGACAUUAAAAUUUCCACUAAAAACUAUUGUUAAACCAUUUGCUUUGAUUAUAGAUUACAUCAAGGAUCCAUACGAUAUCUCGAAAAAUAAUGUACAAAACUUGCAAACAUAUAAUAAUUGAGGCUGAUAUAAAAAUACAAACAUUAUUUAAUUGUAUAAAUUUUGCUUCACUGGCACAAACUGAAAACGAGUUGUAAAAAAUGUUUUUCAAGUAAAACGAUUUCAGAAUUUGAACCCAAUUAUUUCGAUAGCUGCCAUAUUCGAUAUUUGAACAGAUGUUUCGUACUCUACAAAAUAUAUU